AUGACCGAUCAGAUCAAAGCAACUUUUGCCGCCAAGGCAGCCAAGAACGAGGCCGUCUUUGUCAGCUUCGUCACCGCAGGUUUCCCCACCAAGGACGACACGGUCGAGGUGCUUCUCGCUCUUGAACAGGGAGGUGCCGAUGUGAUCGAGCUCGGCGUUCCGUUCUCUGACCCUCAAGCCGAUGGUCCCGCCAUCCAGGAGAGCAACCAGAUCGCGCUUGAGCAUGGCGUCGGCUACACGCAAUGUCUCGACUACAUUCGACAGGCACGCUCAAGAGGUCUCAAGGCGCCGGUUCUGCUCAUGGGAUACUACAACCCCACGCUCGCUUACGGCGAAGAAAAGGCGGUUCAGGACGCCAAAGCUGCUGGCGCCAACGGUUUCAUCAUGGUCGACCUGCCCCCCGAGGAGGCCGCCGACUUCCGUGCCUCGUGUACAAAACACGGCCUCUCGUAUGUGCCUCUCAUUGCCCCUUCCACCUCGACGCAGCGCAUCAAGCACCUCGCCUCGCUCGCCGACUCGUUCAUCUACGUCGUCUCUAAGAUGGGCACCACCGGCGCCACCACGAGCGUAUCGAGCUCGCUUCCCGAUCUCAUCUCCAAAAUUCGCAGCAUCACCUCUAUUCCGCUCGCCGUCGGCUUUGGUGUCUCGACACGCGAGCACUUUGUCGAGGUCGGCGAGCACGCUGACGGUGUCGUCAUUGGCAGCAAGCUGGUCGCCAAGCUCAAAGAGGCUCCUGCCAACACGGCUGCUCGCGUUGAGGCCGCGCGCGCCUACUGUGCCGAGAUCACGGGCAAGAACGAGGGCGGCAUCCAGCGUAAGCAGCCGCUCAACAUCAAACAGGUCAUUGACCAGCCAGACUCGGUGCCCAUCCCCAAGGUCGACGGUGUCGUCAGCGCAGACAGGCCGCCGGUUCCUGGCCUCGACACCAUUGUCGACGGCGAGGGCAAGGUUCGACCUCCUCGCUUCGGCAAAUUCGGUGGGCAGUACAUCCCCGAGGCAUUGUUCGAUGCCCACCAGGAGCUCGAGAAGGCCUAUUUCGAUGCGCUCGAGGACCCCGAGUUCUUGAAGGAGUUUGAGAGCUAUUACGAAUACAUUGGUCGCCCCUCGGAGCUGUAUCCUGCCGACCGAAUGACCAAGGCAGCUGGUGGCGCUCAGAUCUGGUUCAAGCGCGAAGAUCUCAACCACACCGGAUCGCACAAGAUCAACAACGCUGUGGGUCAGAUCCUGCUUGCGCGAAGAUUGGGCAAGACCAGGAUCAUCGCCGAGACCGGUGCGGGUCAGCACGGUGUGGCGACGGCGACGGCAUGUGCCAAGUUUGGCAUGGAGUGCGUCGUCUACAUGGGAUCGGAGGAUGUGCGUCGUCAGUCGCUCAACGCGUUCCGCAUGAAGAUGCUAGGCGCUAAAGUGGUGGCCGUCGAAAGCGGAAGCAAGACGCUCAAGGAUGCCAUCAACGAGGCCAACAGGGACUGGGUCACCAACCUUCACAACACGCACUACAUUGUGGGAUCAGCGAUUGGCCCGCACCCGUUCCCGUCGAUCGUGCGCGACUUCCAGUCGAUCAUCGGUAAAGAAGUCAAGCAGCAGCUGCACGAGAAGAAGGGCAAGCUUCCGGACGCUGUCAUCGCCUGUGUCGGUGGUGGCUCCAACGCGAUUGGCAUCUUCCACCCCUUCAUUCAGGACAAGAGUGUCCGCCUGAUUGGCGUUGAAGCUGGUGGUGAUGGUAUCGACACUGCACGCCACUCGGCUACGCUCACCAAGGGCACACCCGGUGUGCUGCACGGCGUGCGCACCUACUUGCUGCAGGACGAGUUUGGCCAGAUUACUGAGACGCACUCGAUUAGCGCUGGUCUCGACUACCCUGGUGUGGGACCCGAGCACUCGUUCCUCAAGGACUCGGGCCGUGCCGAUUACACAGUGGCUACGGACGAAGAGGCGCUGCGUGGCUUUAAGCUGUGCACCGAGCUCGAGGGCAUCAUCCCUGCGCUCGAGACCUCGCAUGCUCUGUGGGCGGCGUUCCAGGUCGCCAAGACCAUGAAGCCCGAUGAGGACAUCGUGGUUUCGCUCAGCGGUCGUGGUGACAAGGACGUCGAGCAGAUUGCCAAUGCCAUUGCUCACGGUGGUUGGGGCGAGCGUCUCGGCUGGAACAUUGCUUGA